AUGGCGGACAACACGACGGUCGACGUGACGGACGUCCCCGACGAAUACAUCGGCCAGUCAGUGGUACCAUGCGCCGUGAUAUCCACCGCCGUUGCCGCCGCGUUUGUCGGUCUCAGAUUCUACACAAGGGUGGUGGAGGCAGGAUUAGGACGACACAAGCAGUAUCUCUCUACCAAACAGUUUGAAACAUAUCUCCAAGCGAAUCUAUUCAGCUCCAUCCUCUACGUCGCCUCCCUCACCUUCACCAAGCUCUCUAUCCUCUGCCUCUACCUCCGCAUCCUCACCUACGAGCGCACGCAGCUCGCCACCAAAGUCCUCAUCGCCACUGUCACCAUCUCCCACACUUAUAUUCUCACCAACCUCUUCGUCUCCUGUGUCCCACUCAAGGCCUUUUGGGACUACUCCAUCCGAAAGAACUCCUAUUGCCAUGAUUCGUCCAUAUACUGGUCUAACUAUAUCCUACACAUCGCGACCGAUUUCUUAAUCUUCUUGCUUCCCCUCCCCGUCAUUUCGAAGCUGAGGAUACCAAAGAAGCAAAAGUUUGGCCUCCUUGCCGUCUUCCUCCUUGCGUUCGGAGUCUGCGCCGUCUCCGUCCUCCGAAUGGUCCUUUUCCUCGACUCCAACGGCCCGGACCGCCCCAACCGCGGCGACAUCACCUUCACGACCAUCAGCAUGGCUAACUGGUCCAUGAUCGAAAUCUGCGCCUCCAUAGUCUGCGCCUGCAUGCCGACACUAAAACCCCUCAUCAUGCGUAUCGUGCCAAACUUCUCCCGAUCGAGCUCCCCCGCGACGGACUGGCAUGACGACGUGGCCGUCAUGGCUGGAUACGAGAGGCCGCUGACGGUCGGGACGAGACCGAGUAGGAAGAACAGAUUGCUGUCGGCGCGAGAUCUCUUGAAUUCUAGGACUACGACAAGCGAUAGGGUUCCUCCCAUUAUGGGUGGGGGAUUGGAUGGGGCCGAGAGAGCAGGUGUUACUCUCGGUGCAAGGAGGUUUAGUUGCGGGACUUGCUCUGAUGGGGCGAGUUUGCAAAAGGCAAAGGUGAGAGAGGAGGAAUACGCGAUGGAAGACCUGUCGCCCGUGGAAAGGGACGAUUUGGAGGCGUAUCGCGCGGGGAUGCAGUCGCCUGCCGAGAGCGAGAGGCCGCUGAGGCCAAGUGCUUCGGACACGAGGUCCGUCUAUGAGCAGCAGCGUCGGUGA